ACAGUGGCGGGAGUUGGAGGCAAUAGCUUGUCGAGUUCUGAGGGGCGCAAAGCUAGGAUUUCUGCUGAAUCUGGAGGUAUUUCCACGGCUUUUCCCUCAGUUAAGCCUCUUCCUGUGGCCCCGAUGCUCUUCAAUUCGGUGCUCCGCCAGCCCCAGUUUGGCGUCCCGAGAAACGGAUGGUCUUCACAGUACCCUCUACAGUCCCUUCUAACUGGUUAUCAGUGCAACUAUAAUGAUGAGCACACUUCCUAUGGAGAAACAGGAGUCCCAGUUCCUCCUUUUGGAUGCACCUUCUCCUCCGCUCCCAAUGUGGAACAUAUACUAGCAGUUGCCAAUGAAGAAGGCUUUGUUAGGUUAUAUAACACAGAAUCACAAACCGGUAGAAAGAAGUGCGUCAAAGAGUGGAUGGCUCACUGGAAUGCUGUCUUUGACCUAGCCUGGGUCCCUGGUGAAUUUAAGCUUGUUACAGCAGCAGGUGAUCAAACAGCCAAAUUUUGGGAUGUAAAAUCUGGUGAGCUGAUUGGAACGUGCAAAGGUCACCAGUGCAGUCUCAAGUCAGUUGCCUUUUCUAAGUUUGAGAAAGCUGUCUUCUGUACAGGUGGAAGAGAUGGCAACAUUAUGGUCUGGGACACCAGGUGCAACAAAAAAGAUGGAUUUUAUAGGCAAGUGAAUCAAAUCAGUGGAGCUCACAAUACCUUAGACAAACAAACCCCUUCAAAGCCUAAGAAGAAACAGAAUUCAAAAGGGCUUGCUCCUUCUGUGGAUUUCCAGCAGAGUGUUACUGUGGUCCUCUUUCAAGAUGAGAAUACAUUAGUCUCAGCAGGAGCUGUGGAUGGGGUAAUCAAAAUAUGGGAUUUACGUAAGAAUUAUACUGCUUAUCGACAAGAACCCAUAGCAUCCAAGUCUUUCCUGUACCCAGGUAGCAGCACUCGAAAACUAGGAUACUCAAGUCUGAUUUUGGAUUCUACUGGCUCUACUUUAUUCGCUAACUGCACAGAUGACAACAUCUACAUGUUCAAUAUGACUGGAUUAAAGACUUCUCCAGUGGCUGUCUUCAAUGGACAUCAGAACUCUACCUUUUAUGUUAAAUCCAGUAUUAGUCCAGAUGACCAAUUUUUAGUCAGUGGCUCAAGUGAUGAAGCUGCCUACAUCUGGAAGGUCUCCACACCCUGGCAUCCUCCUACUGUGCUCCUGGGUCAUUCUCAAGAGGUCACAUCUGUGUGCUGGUGUCCAUCAGACUUCACAAAGAUUGCUACCUGCUCUGAUGACAAUACACUGAAAGUCUGGCGCUUAAAUAGAGGAUUAGAGGAGAAAUCAGGAGGAGAUAAACUCUCCAUAGUGGGCUGGGCCUCUCAGAAGAAAAGAGAAGCAAGAGCCGACCUAGUAACAGUGACGAGUAGCCAGAGUACUCCUGCCAAAGCCCCCAGAGUAAAGAGCAGUCCGUCUGUUUCCUCCCCGUCAUCAGCAGCUUGUGCUCCAAGCUGUGCUGGAGACCUCCCUCUUCCUUCAAAUACUCCUACAUUCUCUCUUAAAACCCCUCCUGCCAAGACCCGGUCUCCCAUCAGCAGAAGAGGCUCCAUGUCCUCUGUCUCUCCCAAGCCACCCUCAUCCUUCAAGAUGUCCAUUAGAAACUGGAUGACCCAAGCACCUUCCUUGUCACCACCCAUCACUCCACCUGCUUCUGAGAACAAGAUCACAUCUCCAAGAAAAGCUCUCAUACCUGUGAGCCUGAAAUCAUCCCAAGCAGUGGCUUGCUCUGAGUCUAGAAAUAGAGUAAAGAGGAGGCUAGACUCCAGUUGUCUGGAGAAUGUGAAACAGAAGUGUGUAAAGAGUUGCAGCUGUGUGACUGAGCUUGAUGACCCUGUUGAAAAGCUCCAUUUAGAUCUGUGCUGCCUUGCUGGUAACCAGGAAGACCUUGGUAAGGACUCUCUAGGUCCUACCAAACCAGGCAAGAUUGAAGGAGCUAGUAUGAAUGUCUCAGAGCCUCCUUCUCCUGCCAGUCCUUAUGCUUCAGAAGGCUGUGGAACGCUACCUCUUCCUUUGGGGUCUUGUGGAGAAGGCUCUGAAGUGGUAGGCAAAGAGAAUAGCUCCCCAGAGAAUAAAAACUGGUUAUUGGCCAUGGCAGCCAAACGAAAGGCUGAGAAUUCAUCUCCACGAAGUCCACCGUCCCAAACCCCCAACUCUAGGAGACAGAGCGGAAAGACCUCUCCAGGCCCGGUCACCAUUACUCCCAGCUCCAUGCGGAAAAUCUGUACAUACUUCCAUAGAAAGCCCCAGGAUGACUACUGUAGUCCAGAACAGUCAACAGAAUUAUAGAUUCUAACCUAAGUGAGUUAACUGAACUUUGGCCCACUGAAACAAGAUAAAAAGUACAACAGAGUGAUUCUGUAACUCUGGUCUUUAAAAAAGCUACCAUUUUUUCAUUUUUAGAGAAAAUCCUUUCAACUCCGAAACGUACCUAGUCUGGUUCUUCUACCACGGUGUGCCACGGGCAGCUUCCUUGGGAUGAGUGCUGUGUUUAAAUUUCAUAAAGUAAGUGUGUCACUCUGUAA